UGCUCACGUUCUCCGUAGCAUGGUGAAUGACCGAUGGGGAGCCAUGAAUAGCUCUUCUGAACUCGAAGAUGGGACCCGGCACAAGAACCAGAGUUUCUGUGAGUGUGUGCCCAGCUCCUCCCAGCUCAAACACCGCUGGUCAGGCUCUGAAACAGCCAGGGAAACCCCAGCCAAGCGGAUGAGUUGCAGCUACCUCCUCUGCACCAUCUUGCUGUUCGUGGCCGUGCUGCUCGCCGUCACCGUCACCGGCACUAUCCUUUUCAUGAACCACUACCAGGCCCCGCCCAUGUCCGACGGCAUGCCGCACAUCUCCAACAAUCAGGAGGAGGGAAACGCUCUGGUCACUAUCGAGAGGGGCGACGGGUCACGCAUCAACAUCUUCAUCGACCCCAACUGCCCCGACUACAACAGUAACUUCCUACGCCUGGAGGGAGUGCAGACCUCACUGCUCCACUCGCUGACUGACCACGACUCGGACCUGAAGUCAGUCAAGGGCCAGGACAGGGCUCUGCUGGUCAGCCUAGCGGAGGAGGUGGCCAAGCUGUCGGCGCACGCGGGCCAGCUAAAAAUGGAUUAUGAGUCUCUGCGGCGGGGACAGAGCAGCUUGGGACAGGACAUCAGCACUCUGCAGACGGAGCAGGGGAGGCUCAUACAGCUGCUGUCUGACAGUCAGGUGAACAUGGUGAAAGUGGUGAACUCGGUGAGUGAUGCUCUGAACGCCAUGCAGAAGGAGAAUGUGGGACUGAAGGCCCGAGUCAAAGCGGAUCUACAGAGGGCUCCAGUGAGAGGAGCGCGCUUCAAGGGCUGCUCCAAUGGCUCGCGUCCCCGUGACUGCGGUGACCUGUACGCCAGCGGUCAGAGAGAGGACGGCAUCUACUCCGUGUUCCCCAUGCACCACCCCACCGGCUUCCAGGUUUACUGCGACAUGACCACGGACGGAGGGGGCUGGACGGUGAUCCAGCGCAGGGAGGACGGCUCGGUCAACUUCUUCAGAGGAUGGGAGUCGUACAGGGAAGGGUUCGGGAAGAUCACGGGAGAACACUGGCUCGGGCUGAAGCAGAUCCACGCCUUGUCCAUCCAAGGGAACUACGAGCUCCGCAUUGACCUGGAGGAUUUCGAGAACAGCACCGCAUACGCCCAGUACGGCACGUUCGGAGUGGGCCUGUUCUCCGUGGACCCGGACGAUGACGGAUACCCGCUGACUGUGGGGGAUUAUUCUGGAAACGCAGGCGACUCUCUUCUGAAGCACAACGGAAUGAAGUUCACAACCAAGGACCGGGACAACGACCACUCGGAGAACAACUGCGCCUCCUUCUACCACGGAGCCUGGUGGUACCGCAACUGCCACACCUCCAACCUGAACGGCCAAUACCUGCGGGGCCAGCACACCUCCUACGCGGACGGCAUCGAGUGGUCUUCGUGGACUGGCUGGCAGUAUUCCCUCAAGUUCUCCGAGAUGAAAAUCCGACCUACUCGCGACCCUGAUAGUAAAUGAAGGAACGUGACUGGAAGAGGAAUCGAAUUUUGGGGGGGGAUAAAUUUACAAAUCACAACUUGGAACAUAUAGAUGGAGUUACAUGUCUUCACGUUGUUCAAAUUCAGCAGACUCUACGGCGUUGUUUUUUUUGUUUCAUUUGCAGCGUUUUUUCGUCAUUCCUUAGAGCGUCACGUUGGAUAUCGACCCUUACAAGAAAAUCCCUCGAAACCAGCGCAACCUCUGAGCCCUACGAUUUUUAUCAUAGAACAACUCUGAGCCCACAGUCUAAAACGGAGCAUUGGUGGCCCCUUUACUAAGUCAUUGUGAUCUCAUUUGAAACCUUUUAUCUCUGCUGACAGUACAAUUUGGUCGCACUACCAAAAAGAUAUACCCCAUGAUUUGCCAUGAAAUAAUGAUAAAAGCGGACAUAAUUUCAGUCGAAUCUGGCCCGGAAGAGACAGCCAAACUGUACUCCAUUACACAUAGACGAAAAAAAAGUGCCAUUGUACAAUUUUAGAUUAGCAAAGUAAAGGUUAAAGAUGUGAAUAAGUGUCAAGAAGUUGCAUGGGAGAAAGAAUAAAUCCACGUAGAUCUCAUUCAUCUGACUUUAGCCAUUAGGGAGCAUAUUGGGCACUUUGUCUGAUGUGGCUGCCAGCUGAGUACUGGCCAAGUGAUGCAGCAUUCACAGAUGGUAACCCAGCUCUGUGUGCAUAGGUAGUGUGUGUGUGUGUGUGUGUGUGUGUGUGCGUAUCAAAGACAGAGAUAGACCGACUCAGAUCUCUCACACUAUCAGUUUCCUGUUGGAGUUCAGCAGAGCCAGGCGAUGAAUGGACAACAGCAUUUGCCCUGGCCAGACAAAACGUGAUGCAUGGGGGGACACACUGUACGGUCUGUACCAUGCACCGCGAUCGUUUACAUCCAGUUUGAAUUAUUACAACAGCCGCAACAGGAGCUUCCACGUCAUUCGGCUGCUUCUGAUUUUGCCGAGCUUUAGGAUACGCGACAGGAGUAACACGACCACUUUUUAACGAUGACCAUGAGAAUCACAAAUGAGGUUCUAUAUCACUUAUACUGACCACCAGAGGACAGAACUGAAGGCACUGGAUUACUCUCUUUGCACAGGCUUCCAGCACUGCUCACUUGUGGCCAGUAGAGAUUCAUAGAACCAUAGUUACUUUCAUAAUUUGGCUUAAUAUAACUUUUAAUUGUCGAUGCUGUUUUAAUUUGCUCUGUGUAGCAACAUGGCGAAAGAAAAAAGGGUACAAAGAAAACAAAAAGCUGUGAGAGGAUUUUGUGUGAUUUCCAUUUCCCUGUCUGACCAUUUUGACGGUGUUGAACCUAAUAAGUUUUGUUUUGUUUUGUUUUUCUUUAAUGUUCUAAAAGCUUUAAAAUAUCUGUAGAUUUUAUUGUACAUUGUGUACUUUUAGAGCAUGUGAUGCUGUUUUCUUACUAUGCUAAAACACAAAGAGAGAACUCAAGCACAUGGACUAAGACAAAUCCAAGUUUCAAAAGACUGAACUUAACUAAAUGAACUCUUUUCUUUCUCAAUACUUACAUUUCCUGGAGGUGCUGCUCAGAAAGUGAAGAAAAAAUCAUGAUCCCAAUAGCACAAAAUCCACCUUUGAGCGUACCGUGUUGACAUUAUAUGGCUGCCUGGAGAUAUAUUCUGCCCCCUUGAUUUGAAAUGAACAUUUGUGGGAAGACAUUUUGGAGCCCAUCAAGGAGGAGUCACCAGCUGACACACUAGUGAGUAAAACGUGCAACAAGGCGCCAUGUUGCAUUGACUAUCACUGACACUGGGACAGCUUUGAAGUUUCCUGGAAGGGUUCUCCCAUCGGUGCGGCACAAAGCUUGACUGCAACAAACGCCGUCAAAGCACAGACAUAUGCGACAAAUAUUGUUGAAAGAGCACAGCGGUAAGCGACGAGAAUGUCGGUAGAUUUAUAGAGACAUUAAAAAGACGUUAUAUAAAGGACAAGGAGGAGGCGAGGAGGUAGGCCUACGUGAGUGUGAAUGUGCAUCAUAGUGUACACAGUAAAGCCGUGUGCAUGAGGCGGACCGGGGGAAUAGCAGACAGAGCGGCGGUCUCUGUAGGAAGUUACGUCAGGUGCUGUGCUUUCCUCCCCUUGUGUUGCUAACAGAGAGAUUUACAGUAUUAUAAAGAAACUAUUAAUUAUUGUGAUUGUGAACCCUAUUUGAGUGGACAAUGCCCUCUGGUACUGUGUUUACCUAACCUGAGCUCGAGCCAUAGACAGUAGAACGAAGAGUGACAGCGAGGAAACUAAAACGAGGCGGGGGGAUUCACGCUUGUCCUUGUUUUUAGUCCUGGUUUUGGUCCCUAAUGUAGAUUGGGUUUGGUCCCGGUUUCGUCCCAGGUUUAGUCCCAAUCGUGACGUCGUGAUUUUGCAUGUGACGUUUUACAAAUUUAAACUUACCAACGGAUUUUGACUUUUGCGAAUAAGUGGACCUGGCGUUUACACAUUAACCCAGCACGUAUACACAUCGGGCAAACUUUUAUGUUAAAAUGAGUCACGGUUUUAUCCAUUUGUUUUGUGUUUAGUGGAAUGGCAUGAACGUGCGUCGUGACACAUUGUGGGGUAAAAAUAGAGAGUUAAAAUUUUGGCUAAAUUGCAAAAAGAUGAUUCUGCACGGUGUUUCGAUGACUCUUGCACAACCGCUCUAAUGCAGAACACACAUUUUGGCUUAUCUACUCUCAAUUUUAACGUCCUGCUUUCAUACAAUCGCACAUACAUAUGCAAUCUCUAAUUAAAUGUAUCAGAAGACUAGAGCUAACACAUGUUUUCAAGCGCACCGGUCCUGCUGUCUAUGGCUCUAGCUCUUCUCUGUUCUCUCUUCACGUCACCGAUCUCUUGUGCUCACUGUAUAUGUUACUGCUAUGUUGCCCCUCUUGUUAUUUCCGUGUAAAGAGCAGACAUUAUUUGCCACUUCCCUCCUGUGUUCUCAGUCUUUUAAAGCCACUUCCAGGCGAGUCUCAGAUGGACAGACGUGAUAAAGGAGAGGAAUCAGAGGCUCUAAUCAUUCCAGUUAUCCCGCUCAUUACAUCGCAUCAAUCCCCCAGGUCCUUCAACCCUCUAUCUUUCUUACUGUGUUACUCCUUUAAUUGCCUUAGCCUCUGCUGCCAAUUCCCACUCACUCAACGGCCCCUGAACACCCCAUCGCUACCCCGAGCAACCAAACUAACCCAACCUUCAUGUUCUUUUACUUUUUAGUGAAGUAUAUAGAUUGUUUUGCUGAAUCUUGAGCUGUGUUAAAAAAUGUUCUUGUCAACAUUUAAUAAACAUUCACAUUUUGUAAAUGC